AUGACGUCGGACCUGCUUGCCGGCUUCCCGGCAAACGCACCCCCCAAACCCAAGACCAAACUUCGAUUCGCAGAUGUCGCAGUGACAGCAACAGCAAAAGAUUUCGCCGGCUUCUACAGGGGAAAACAAUACCACCAACCAGACUUUGACGCCGUCCUCGACCGCGCCUCGGCCGCAGGCGUCGACAAGGUGAUGCUCACGGGCAUGUUCCUCAGCGACGCAGCCAAGAAUCUCUCCAUUGCCAGAUCGCGGCCAGCGGGGACGUGUUUCGUGACGAUUGGCAUCCAUCCGUAUCACGCCGCGGAGCCCGAUGCUGAAGAAGAUGGCGGCGAGGAAGGUCAUUUCAAAAAAUUGGCAGAGGUCGUCCGCGAAACGUUGAGCUCCACAUCGGAAGGCAAUCCAUCGCCGUUGGCUGCGUUUGGCGAGUUGGGGCUGGACUAUGACCGCCUGAACCACGCGUCCAAGGAGGCGCAGAUUCGUACUUUUAAGCGGCAGUUGGACCUUUUUGUCGAGGAAAAGCUGGAUUUGCCCCUGUUUCUCCAUUGUCGCGCUGCGUACGAUGACUUCGUGGAGAUCAUCAAGCCAUACCUGCCUAACCUCCCCCGCCGCGGGCUGGUACACUCCUUUGUGGGCGCCUCGGCUCAGAUGAGAACCCUGGUGGAGCUCGGCUUCGACGUCAGUGUCAACGGCUUCAGCUUCCAGGACAGGGAAAGCUUAGAGAUGGUGCGCGAUAUUCCGUUGGAGCGCCUACAAAUCGAGACGGAUGCACCGUGGGGUGAGAUACCGGCGGGCUCGGAGGUGGCGAAGAGGUAUCUUGGUAACGCGUCGGCUUUGCCGCAGAGCAAGAAGAAGGACAAGUUCGAGUUGGGCCUCAUGGUGAAGGGGAGAAAUGAGAGUUGUACCAUGGACAGGGUGGCUUUUGUCGUGGCGGGGCUCAAGGGGUUGAGUGUGGAUGAAGUUGCUGAUGCGGCCUGGAGAAACAGUGUCAAGAUGUUUGGAUUUGGCGAAAGCUAA